AUGGACCAGAGUAAUGCCCCGUACGGCAUGCCUGCCGGCCGCGGGGGUCUACCUGGCGGUAUGCCCCAGCAACAGCAGCGCGCGCAGCCAGGCAUGCAGCAACACUACAGCAUGCAGGACAUGAUGUUCGACCCGCUGCCCAUGAACAACGGCAUGUUCCACCAGGCCCCGCACAUGAUGCAUCAGCAGCACCCAGGAGCCCGCGGUGGAGGCAUGCAGGGCCUCGGCGGCCUCAUGCCGCAACAAGGAAUGAUGGCUCCAGAGGACGAUCUGGACGACCUCAUGACUGCGCUGGGAGACCCCGUGGGCAUGAACGCGCAACAGCAGCAGAAUAUGGGGCAGAUACCUAGCCACGUCUACGACCAGUCUCACCUCGUGCCGCCACGCUCGCAGGCACCCAAUCUCCAACCUGGGCGAACUCAGGGGAUGCCCAUGACGAGUCAAGCGCCGCCCAUGCACCAGAACGGCAUGCCAGGCUCCAUGCACAUGAACCAGAUGGCUCCUAAUGGCGUCGGAGCUGGAGCACGCGUGGGUGUCGGCAUGCACCAGCAACAGAAUAUGGGUGCACCGUCGACGAUUAGCGGUCUCGGUAGUCUCGGUACUAGCAUUCCGGCUGCCCCUCGCCAGGCAGCCGUCGCGCCUAGUGCCAUCGUCCCUACUACGACCUCCAAGUCAACAACCUCCCGUGCGUUGACGACAUCGAGUAACAACGGUGGAAGUAGUGAUGAGGACGGCAACAUGGGAGAAGACGACGCUCAGAAGAAGAAGGAGCGCCGUCGACAGCAGGUGACGGAUGAUAUCGUGGUUGUUCACCGUAUUGCAUCGGUGGCGUCGGAUCUGUCCGACCGUGAAUUUAUCUCUGUAGCAUUCCGAUUCCGUGAUGGAGACAAUUACUUCAUUGGUAUCAAGUCAAUCACAGUGCAGACUGAGGCUGCUGAGAACUGCAUCCGAGGCGAGGAAUGCCAAGGGUGGAUGUUUGUUGGUGGGGAGAACGAGACGUCUCAGUGGAAGGCGCACUUUUUGGGCUACUAUGACGUCAAGGGCGAGAAGGACGACAAGGUGCUGAACCAGCUUGCCAAUGAGGCGAUGUUUGGCAUGCUGCGAUGGGAGAGCGAGGCCAUGCACCCGCUUAGUGUUUAAGCGGUCAUGGUGAUCAUUGGUGGCCCCCUUUGCUCGAUGCGUGGUGGAUAAUGUGUUGAGCUUGAUGCCAUGCGCGCUAGGCAGAGGGCGCUACUGCUAAGUAUCAAUACUUACGCUUUGCGCAGAUGCUUAUGCCCGAUAGUGGAGAGAACACCUGAGCACGAACAGAGCUGCAGGUCUGACUGAGUACAUGCAUACACUUGUGUUGAAAAUAUACGAAAAGAAAACAGAUUUUUCACCA